AAGGCAAAAAAUUUAACCUUAAAAUUUCAUCUGAUAAGUAAGUGCCUCCCUGCCUCCUUUUUUUUGAUUUGAUCCAAUCAAUUGAUUCAGUACAGGAUACAGUAGAAGACCACUUGUGAUUAUUGCAGUCUCAGUUAUUAUAUUCGCAUUCACUAAAAACAUAUUCCCCACUUUUGCAUUCCUAGUUCGUCUUUACCGAACCAACAUUUCCAAAUUAAGCUAAAAAAAAUCCCAAGCAAGAAUAGCCAGAAGUUUUUUUUGUUUACAUACCGUCGUAUAUAUAUACAACAUACACAGCAUUUUAUUACUAUUCAUUCAUUUGUUUUAACUUCUAAGCUAGUAUGACCACAGCUACACAAUUGAAGAGAAGAUCAUUCAUAGGAAGAUCGCCCAAACAGCCCGUUGAAGAACCCACAUUCAACCCUUACGAAGUGGCUAAUCAGCAAACACAUCGAAGAAACCCCCUGUUUCAACAAUACAAUGAGCCGAAAAUUAUCAUCAGGGACGACCCCGUGAUUCCCGACUAUAAAGUCCAGGAUGUGUUUGAAAAGCGUAGCAACUACAAUAUGAAGCUAGUCGUAGUUGGUGAUGGUGGGUGCGGAAAGACAUGUCUUUUAGUGAGUUAUGCCCAACAGAAAUUCCCCGAGAUUUACGUGCCUACUGUGUUUGAGAAUUACGUCACCACUGUGCAAUCACCCAAUGGCAAGACUAUCGAAUUGGCAUUAUGGGAUACCGCCGGGCAAGAAGAAUAUGAUAGAUUGAGACCAUUGAGUUAUCCCGAUGUCGAUGUAUUACUUAUCUGCUUUUCGUUGGAUAAUAUUGUUAGUUUGCAUAAUGUUAAGGAAAUUUGGUUUCCAGAAGUCAACCACUUUUGUCCUGGGAUCCCCAUCAUAUUGGUUGGUACAAAAAGUGAUUUACACAGUGACAUUGAUCCCGACGUACCUAUACAAUUAGCCACAGAAAUAAAUGCGGUAGGAUACGUGCAAUGUUCUGCCAAAACCAUGUUCAACAUCAAAACCGUGUUUAAUUUUGCAUUAAGUCAUUUUCAAAGAAAAAUGGAAUUACAAGAACAAUACGAACGAACUUCGAAAAAUAGAUUGUCGAAAGUGUUGGGAAAUGGAGGAGGCAGCAAUGGUGGUCAUUAUGCAUCCCAUUCAAGACAACAUUCGUCAACCUCAAGACGAGGACAUCUUAAUAGUACUUCAUUUGAUUCCACGGCAUUAUUGGACCAACCAUUGACUGAAGAUAACUAUACGAAAAACCCCUAUGGAGACUUUGGUAAUGACAAUAGCAAUAAUGCGCCAACUUCCCCAUAUAAUGAUGAUGAAUUUGCAUUCACCAGAAAGAAUGCAAAGAAAAAGAGAAAGUGUAUAAUUUUGUAAUGUGUUUUUGAUAUAGAGUUUUUUUUUAAUAUUGAUGUAAUUAGG